AUGAGCUGUAUCAUGGACCUCACUCGCUGUGGUUUCCAGUUUGAGCCUAGAGAUGAUCAAAUUGUCCACUUAUAUCUACUCAACAAGGUCCGUGGAACCCCACUUCCAUGCCAAGGACUCAUUCAAGAUUGCGAUAUCUACGGCGAUCAAGAACCCUGGCAGAUUUGGGAUAGACUUGGCGGACCAACGUACAACAACAACGACUUUCUUUACGUUUUCAGCUGUUUGAAGAGGAGGACUGCCGGGGGUUCUACGUUCAAACGCAAUGUGGGAUCCAGCGGAGGGACUUGGCGCGGAGAGGACACAGGGAAGAAGUUUGAGGUACAAGGAAUUGGAUGGACUCAAAAGCGGUUUUCAUAUCGAAACAAGAAGAAUAAGUGUGAGAAUGGGUGCUGGUUGAUGCAGGAAUAUUGUCUUGAUGAAUCUGAAGGGACUGUGGUGUGCCGGAUAAAAAAGAACCACAAGAAAAGAAAGGGUGAAGAUGGGGCUGAUGGGUUUGGAUCGAAGCGCGCGAGGAGGGAUGAACAAGUUAUUGGUGUUGAAGAAGGUGUACAAGUUGUUUCUGUUCCUGCUGUUGCUGCUGCUGACGAACAAAUGGAAGAUGUUGAAUUUGCAAAUUAUUUGGGUUCACAGCUUCAAGAUGAACAAGUUGUUUCUGUUGCUGCUGAUCAAGGACAAAGGAGUACUAUUGCUUCUGAACAAGUUCCUGCUACUGAAGAAGAAAUUGAUGAACUUGAAUUUGCAGAAUUCCUGGCUGAGCUUCAAGAUGAUGAAGAAGAAGAAGUUAAAGAAGUUGAACUUGCAGAAUAUGAGGCUGCGAUGCUUCCAGUUGAAGAACAAAGGACUGCUCUUUCUACGGAAGAUGUUGAACUUGCAAAUUAUGUGACUGCACAGCUUCAAGAUGAUAAAGUUGUUUCUGUUGCUGCUGCUGAAGAACAAAGGACUGCUUUUUCUAUGGAAGAAAUUGAACUCGCAAAUGACGUGGCUGCACAGCUUCAAGAUGAUCAAGACCUUGCAGAUUAUAUUAGAUAUCAGUUCUUGCAGAACCAUGAGGAUAGAUUUACAGUUUAA